CGCCGAGGAGUACUCACGCGCGCUGCUGAGCGAGGUUAUUUAAAAAUGGCGGACGCGUCGUCUUCCGACACUACCUCAGACUGUUGCAACGAGUGUUUCUCUGACAUUACGUCGGAAAAAUCCGAAUACGUCGUGGUGGGCAGGAAGCCGUGUCCGCCUCAUCGACGUAGCAAGCGGCAUUUCCUGCAGAAGCUGCUGAUAAGAGAGAUGAGAGGAUGCCUUUCAGCGCACAAUUAUGCUUCAGAGGAACGACUGUUUGCAGUGGUACCGAAGUGGCGACAUUUGUCUCUCUUACAUGUAAUGCCAAAGUCAGCGCUGGAAGCAGGGCACAUUAUUAUGGGAUUGACACAAUGCGGUCAGUUUCUGCUCACUUACACAUACACCCUGGAGGUCAGUAACACGUCCCUGUAUAAAUACCUGCUACAUUGGUGGGCCUUCACGCCGAACCGUGUCGCUCGCAAAGUCGCCGAAGUUACAUUAUUCGGCAACUAUACAAUUUAUAGAGAAUUAAGCAUAGUUAUAUCACAAUGGCCAAUGGAGCGUAAUAAACUUGUCAUACACGGCCUUUGUACAAAUUUCUUACCCUUACAUGUGACUGAUAGAGCGUAUUUAACGAUAACGACGGUGCCGUCUCUCGAUAACUGCAAGGAUUGCUUAAAGGUUGCUGCAGCGUACGAGGAAGAGGGUGAAGAACUGGCCGCAAAUUGGGACAGCUGCGUGCGAUGUAACUGCCUGCAGCACGGGCUGACAGUGCACACCACGUACGAAGUCAUCUCGCCGUAUCCGAAAUUUCGAGCCACGGUGUGCUUGAAUUACUGGAAUCACGUGGUGGUCAAUACAGGAAAUUUCCUGCACGUUCUCCGAGUAGACUUGAACAUACCCAAAUCGAAGAAUCAGAAGACAUGCGACAAGCAAGAUUCCGUGGUCCCGGACACGAUCCCGCUGGACAUGAGCGACGUCGAGGAAACGGACUACUCAACGAGGACGGAGCGGUACGAGAGUUCAGACGAGAAAGCGGGCACGCCGGAAUGCUCGAUCGAUCGAUCUCCCAAAUGUGAAUCCGUCGUGGAACAGGACUUCCUGGACGAGCCGGUGAUCAAGUUAGACGAUAAGUUAGGACGCGAUUUACCGUUAAAUACCGCGAGCAGUAAUCAAAGCGACUGUGUCUGUGAUAUAAGUAAGUCUACCGACGCUUUAAGUGUUAAGUCGUGCGAAUGCCCGGACGAAUGUAAGUGCAGUAACCGGAGUAACAGCAGCCCCGUCUCGCGCGUCAACGAGCAGACCGCCAUAUCGGUCCGCGACAAGAUCCUGCAGGACUUCUGCGAGGACAUGACGCAGGAGCUCAACAUCGGUAACGAUCUCAUCACUCUGGUGAAGCAUCCGUCGUGCUCGCCUCGCUCGACGCCCCAGAGAUUGCCGGCCGAUCUCAAGGCGAUGACGUCAUGGUCGUCGCCGAUCCUCACCCCGCCUUCGGACAUCCUGCGCACCCGCAACUCGGAAUCUAGUCAGCACAGAAUCGUCCAACGUCCGGCGUGCCAACGACCGAGCUCGCCGCAACCGGGUGCCUCGCAGGACAAUGGCAGCGGUAACGUGGCUUCCAUUAAUUCGCCGCUCCAGUCCGUGUCGAUUAGCCCUACUUCCUCGUGCUCGUCCCGCCUGAUGUCACCGCCCAUCACGCGCUCCUUCCGCCAGCCAAGUCCGCGCAAAAGGUCGAGCUUGCACUCACCGCCGCCCGCCAUCGUGAGCACAACGCAGUCGAGGACCACCCGAGCGACGCACAAGCUCAUCCUCGAAGCCGAGAAGGCGUACGAGUUCACCGACGAGGCGCAGGAAAUGUGCGAGAAGCUCAGCUCUUUCAGGAAGCGCAGACUCGCUGACAAGAAGUACGAGUUCUGCGAUGAGGCGGAAGACGCCGAGAAUAUAGUUCCUUUCAAACACAUACGCGACCAAUUCAGGCACCGCACUUGCUCCAUACACCAGAUACCCUCCUCCCCGGCGAUGUCGCCGGUCUUGCCGAACGGCAGACGGCAUUGGGUCGACUCGGAUCAAAGCGAAUCGGACGAACUGAAUCUCACUCAGGAUAUCGGUGUAACGAACGACCUGUCGAAUCCCGAAACAGCUGAGAAAAACGUUCUGCGGCCGUUGAACCAGAAUCAGUUGUUCAACGGAAGCGUGUAUAGAGAUCGCGUUGGCAACAAGUGUUGUCCGAGUUUCUCCCCGUUGGUUCCUCGAAACAACUUGCAGUAUCCUACGAUAAAGUGCACUGCAUGCUUUAAACGGAGCUACAUAGAACUCGACGAUGAGAUGAUAUCAGUGAUCACAGAUGUGGAAGAUGAAGAGACAGGAGGAUACGUGAGUUACCAAUGUGUGCUUCCAAUGCAUGUACACGGUUCCGGUUAUGUUCAAAUGCAAAUGAUCAGCAACAGUAAAGCGGAAAAACUGAUAGUACCGAUAGUCUCCAUAACUCAGUUGAGUUUCGACAUUGAGACUUUUUCUCACCAUGUAGCCGACUGGAUCUGCGCGAGAUUCAAAAAGAAAUACUGGCAUUGCAGCGACUACGACAUCGAAAUAAUUGACGUGUGCGCACUUAGCGGCGAUAUAAUAUGUUUGCAUAUAAUGAAGAUACAAGCGAGUGAAUUAUGUAGUCAAACGCAAUGUUCGCAAGACAGAAAGCUAUAUGAAGUCGGGUGUAAAUUUACGUGGAAUAUCGACACAAGCCAAUACAGAAUAACAGACGUGUUGCCGAUGGAGGAAGUCAAGCCAGAAUCCUUAAAGCAAAACCUACCGGAUGCAAUGAAUUUUCGCGAUCCUUUAUGGAAUCCGACGCGUCGCUUAGCUGCGCAGUUACGCGAGAAAAUUCAGCAACCGUAUGCGCACACCGUGCGUUUCCUGCACAACGAAAUGAGCUUAACAGGCGAAUCUAUAACCAAGCUCAUCGACCUGGACAAUCUCGUGCAGUUCUUCAUCACGCCGAUGCCAAACGACGCCUUAAUAGAGUGAAGAAAUUCAGAAUUACCGCAUUUCUUCAUUGCAAACAAUAAUUUAUUUAUUAAUACAAACUCCGCCACUUUCGUUCUCAUCGAGCAUGACGUAAUAUAUAGAAACGUAUCCGCGUUGUUCGCAACAAAUAUGACAACAAAGAGAGAAAGUACCUUUCUUUCGAUAAAGAAUAAAUAACUGACA